AUGUCAGAGCAUAUUACUUUAUAUAAAAUUGAUGUCCUCUGCUUUUUGGGACAUUUCAAUAAGUAGGAUUUUCUCAGAAGUAUUUGUUGUACUCAUUCUUAAUUUGGACUAAAUUUUCAUUGUGUAAUUAGAGAUAAAAAGACACCUGAGAUUUGCAAGAACUUUUCAAAAGGGAGACAAGCAAAUAAUAGGAAAAAAGUUGGAGGAUCAAAAUUAGUGUUUAUUUGCUAAUGGAAACAAUAAAUAGACGGUGAAUAGCCUGUGAAUUGGAAUUUCUAUAAAAAAAGGAAUGCAGAUACUAUCAAAGAUUGGCACAUGUUCUUUUAGUUAAAGAUACUGACACCUAUAUUUAGAGAUGAAGGACAAGAUCAAAUGGUGAGGUGUUACUUAGAGAAGUAGUUCAAAAUCAUUUUGGUUCCCUUUGCUUUUGCAUAGGGAAGAUAAGUCAUAAUUCAAUCAUUAUAGUGA